UCUGGCAUGAAGGUGAAGAAUAGAAAUUCCGAUCCGAUUGGACUCUGUUUCUGUUAUCGUGGAAGUGAUUCAUCGAACACUGGUUCAGCACAAACAAGUAGUUCCAAUGACCGGUAACGAGUUUCGCUUCUUCUUGUCAUGCGACAUCAAUCUUCCCGUCACUUUCCGCAUUGAGCGUCUCGAAGGCAGUUUCCCCAUUUCCAAAUUCCCCAAUUCAGAAAACAAUGCUCCCGCGGAGAAUAGAAUCUCGGAGAUAUAUGUGGAGUGUGCGUUGUUCAUUGAUGGUGCGCCGUUUGGCCUUCCAACCAGAACGAGGUUGGAAUCCGCAGGACCACCAUUUUGUUGGAAUGAGCUCAUCACGUUAACAACUAAAUAUCGAGACUUAACUGCUCAGUCACAACUCACCUUCACUGUUUGGGAUCUUUCACAUGGUGAAGGAUUGAUUGGUGGAGCUACAAUUCUUCUCUUCAAUAACAAAAAGCAGCUCAAAACUGGGAAGCAAAAACUUAGGCUUUGGGCGGGAAAAGAGGCAGAUGGGACAUCUCCUACUACUACACCUGGAAAGGUCCCUAAGCUUGAACGUGGAGAAUUGGAACGAUUGGAAAAGCUUGUGAACAAGUAUGAACGAGGUCAAAUUCAACGAGUAGACUGGUUGGACCGCCUCACAUUUAAAGCUAUGGAGAAAAUCAAGGAACGUGAAAGCUUGAAAAAUGGAAGUUCUCAUUACCUUGUUGUUGACUUCUGUAGUUUUGAGCAUCGAGUUGUUUUUCAGGAAUCUGGUUCAAAUUUUCUGUUGCCAUCUCCUAUAGCUUCAACUAAUGAUAUUGUUAUUGUUUGGGAUCAAGAAGUUGGAAAGAUAAAUCCAUCCGAGCACAAACAGUUAAAGCUAGCUAGGAGUUUGACCCGUGGUGUCAUAGACAGGGAUCUGAAGCCAAGCUCAAAUGAGAGGAAGUCAAUUCAGAGAAUACUAAAAUAUCCACCAACAAGGACUUUGAGUGGAGAUGAGAGACAGCUCUUGUGGAAAUUCCGCUUCUCUUUGAUGUCUGAAAAGAGGGCUCUUACAAAGUUCUUGCGUUGUGUUGAAUGGAGUGAUGUUCAGGAAGCAAAACAAGCUUUAGAAUUGAUGGGCAAGUGGGAAAUGAUUGAUGUUUCUGAUGCACUGGAACUUUUGUCUCCUGUUUUUGAAAGUGAAGAGGUCCGUGCUUAUGCAGUUAGUGUUCUUGAAAGAGCUGAUGAUGAAGAGCUUCAGUGUUACUUGCUUCAAUUGGUUCAGGCUCUUCGGUUUGAGCGUUCUGACAAAUCUCGUCUUUCUCAUUUCCUUGUUCAACGUGCAUUGUGCAAUAUUGAAUUGGCAAGCUUUCUUCGCUGGUAUGUGGCUGUUGAACUAUAUGAUCCUGCAUAUGCUAAACGAUUUUACUGCACUUAUGAGAUUCUGGAGGAGAAUAUGAUGAAGAAGGCAGCUGGUGUGAAUGGGGAGGAAGAUGGGUUUAAACAGUGGCAGAGUUUGGUACGCCAGACUGAGUUGACUGCUCAGUUGUGUACGGUCACUAGAGAUCUAAGGAAUGUUCGUGGUAAUACACAAAAGAAGAUUGAAAAGCUUAGACAACUACUUACAGGUCUUCUCAGUGAACUUACCUAUUUUGAUGAGCCAAUACGAUCACCUUUGGCACCUGGUGUCCUCAUCAUUGGCAUUGUACCUUCAGAGUCAUCAAUAUUUAAAAGUGCACUGCAUCCUCUGCGCCUUACUUUUAGAACAACAAAUGGUGGAACUAGUAAAAUUAUAUUCAAAAAGGGAGAUGAUAUUCGGCAGGACCAGUUGGUUGUUCAAAUGGUAUCACUAAUGGACCGAUUGCUUAAGCUAGAAAAUCUUGACUUGCAUCUAACACCAUACAAGGUGCUAGCAACUGGACAAGAUGAAGGCAUGUUGGAAUUUAUUCCUUCUCGUUCAUUGGCCCUGAUUUUAUCGGAGCAUCGUAGCAUCAUAAGCUAUUUGCAGAAAUUUCAUCCUGAUGACCAUGGACCUUUUGGAAUCACAGCCACCUGCCUUGAAACUUUUAUAAAAAGCUGUGCUGGCUACUCUGUUAUCACAUAUAUACUUGGUAUCGGAGAUAGGCAUUUGGACAAUCUCCUCCUUAGAAAUGAUGGAGGUCUUUUCCAUGUUGAUUUUGGUUUUAUUCUUGGGCGAGAUCCUAAGCCAUUUCCACCACCAAUGAAGCUUUGCAAGGAAAUGGUUGAGGCUAUGGGUGGAGCUGAAAGCCAAUAUUAUACAAGGUUCAAGUCCUAUUGUUGUGAAGCAUACAACAUUCUUCGCAAAUCCAGUAACCUAAUUUUAAAUCUAUUUUACUUAAUGGCGGGUUCCAAUAUUCCUGACAUAGCCUCUGAUCCUGAAAAGGGGAUUCUUAAGCUUCAGGAGAAGUUUCGGUUGGACUUGGACGACGAAGCUAGUAUACAUUUCUUCCAGGACCUUAUCAAUGAGAGUGUGAGUGCAUUAUUCCCUCAGAUGGUUGAGACUAUCCAUCGUUGGGCUCAAUAUUGGCGGUAACCCCAGUAUUUAUUGGGUGUUAUUUCACUGUGUAAUUAAUCAGAACCUGAUGCUACCUUUAAGGCUUCUAAGCAGCUGAAAUAAUGUAUGGUUUGGAAUUCCACAAUGCCCUGACUGCAGAUGUAUAUACGCACUUGUAAUUUCUAAACCAAUUAUUCUGAAGGUAGUGAUAUUGUUGGCAACAAUGUAAAUAAAAGUAGUUCUCUUUCAUUCUUCUGGUCAUGGUUGUAUCAAGGCGGCAGCGUUAAGUUAUAAAAUGCUUAUCGUACCAAACUAAUGUUCAUUUAGGUCAAAUUAAUUGUCAUUUGUAAAGAAGCCCUCUUACCCA